UAUGUAAGCUGACAACUAAGAGUGCUGGUUAAAAAAAAAAGAUAGAGAUGGUUGACAAUCUUGCGGGACUUAUGGGUUAAUCAUUUAAAUUAAAUUUUGCAAAUAUUAAUACUCAUAUUAUUGAGGUUUAGUUUGACAGUGUCCUAAAUACAACUUGCUUCAACAAUUAGUUAAUGUUAUUCUUACAAAAUCUAUUGAUAUUUUAUUAUGCAUACAUUUCCACUGACAGCUAUUAUCGUGCCAAUUAUAUUUUUAUAUGUUAUGACUAAGGUAACAUGAUGCCUAGUAUGAAGAUUGAAGACAAUCAAUAUUCUGGUUGGAUAUUAGCUAGCUCAAAAUCACCGGCAACCCACAAUAUUUUGAAUGCGUUAUAGCACCCUAAUAAUGUUAACAAAAAUUCUUCUAUUCUCUCUUCUUCUCUUCCAUUUUGCACCGGUCAAAUAUGCAGUGGCAGUUUCCAAUCAAACCAGCACCGGGAGACCUCCAUCAACUAUCACAAAAGGCGUCAACAUAACAAAGCCAGGCUGCAAAAGCAUGUGUGGGAAUUUAAUUGUUCCAUAUCCAUUCGGCAUCGGCUCAAAUUGUUCAAUACACCCUUCAUUUGAUAUCUACUGCGAUAAUUCUUUCAAUCCUCCAAAGCCACUGAUCUUCAAUGGAAUAUUGGAAAUGGAAGUUACUGAUAUAACAGAUUCACAAAUCAGGAUCAAGAACUAUAUGGCUGUCACCUGUUACAACAAAACAGGCAACGUGACCAGGGAAGACCUAGUCGACGACACCCAGAUAGAGCCACCUUUUAGCAUAUCUGAUGCAAACAAGUUCACAACUGUCGGAUGUGAUGAUAUUGGCCUACUAUUCGGGCUUGAAGGUGCUAAUUCGACCAAUGGGUGCAUUUCCACUUGUUCUUCAAGAGAGCAAGUUCUUGAUGGUUAUUGCAAUGGUACCGGCUGUUGCCAGACCUCAAUACCAAGGGGCCUAACAAGACUUUAUGCCUCCCUAGACACCAUUCAUAAACACAUUAAUGUGUGGUCCUUUAGCCGUUGUGGUUAUGCAUUUCUUGCAGAGCAGGAUACCUUUAUAUUUCAUUCCUCUGACCUUGAUGACGUCACUUUUGAAGAACGAAUCAUUGAGAAUGUCCCAAUAGUUCUCGAUUGGGUGAUUCGGAACGAAACAUGUGAUGAAGCUCGGAAAUUCGAUGAUUUUGCAUGUCACAAGAACAGUACCUGUGUCGACUCCACCACCAGUGUUAAUGGAUAUAACUGCAUAUGUUUCCAGGGAUAUGAGGGCAAUCCGUAUCUAGAACCAGGCUGCACAGGUAGUUUUCUUUUGGCAUUUUACACCACACCUACGAUAUUAUGCCCACACAAACGAAUGUGA